AUGGGGGGCGGGCGGCGCUGGGGGCUCCUCUUCCAGGGGGUGCCCCUCUUCCUUCUUCCUCCUUCUCCUCCUCGGCUGGCGAUCCAGGGCCCGCUGUGCCGCGCUCAGCUGGGAGGCUCCCGGGAGAUUGGAACCUUGGAAGACUAUUACCACUUUCACCACAGUAGGACGAUAAAGAGGUCAACAUUCAGCAGCCGAGGCCCACACAGCUUCCUCAGGAUGGAUCCAAAGGUAACAUGGCUGCAGCAACAAGAAGUGAAACGAAGAGUCAAAAGACAUGCUCGAAGCGACCACCAUUUUGUUUCCUUCAGUGACCCACUCUGGCCUGAAAUGUGGUACAUGCACUGUGAAGACAACGACAGUGAUUGCCGGUCGGAAAUGAAUGUUCUGGCUGCCUGGCGGAGAGGCUACACGGGCAGGGACGUCGUGGUAACCAUUCUCGACGAUGGCAUUGAAAAGCAGCACCCUGACCUCAUACAAAACUACGACCCCCGUGCAAGCUACGAUGUCAAUGGAGGCGACGAGGAUCCAUCUCCACGCUAUGACAACAGCAAUGAGAAUAAGCACGGCACUCGUUGCGCUGGAGAAGUAGCGGCGGCAGCGAAUAACUCAAACUGCGUAGUGGGCAUUGCAUACAAUGCGAGAAUUGGAGGUAUUCGCAUGUUAGAUGGCGACGUCACGGACAUUGUUGAAGCGAGAGCGAUUGGUGUCCGCCCAGAGUACAUUCACAUCUACAGCGCUAGCUGGGGGCCAGAUGAUGAUGGCCGGACGGUGGACGGGCCCGGCCCUUUGGCCAAGCAGGCGUUUGAGCAGGGAAUUAAGAAGGGACGUAAAGGGCGGGGUUCCAUUUUUGUCUGGGCCUCUGGAAACGGCGGCAGAGAAGGAGACCACUGCUCUUGCGAUGGAUACACCAACAGCAUCUACACCGUCUCUGUCAGCAGUACCACCGAGAAUGGUAACAAACCGUGGUACUUGGAGGAAUGCGCGUCCACCCUCGCAACAACCUACAGCAGUGGGGCUUUCUAUGAGCGUCAGAUUGUCACCACAGAUCUGAGGAAGCGCUGCACAGACGGCCACACGGGAACCUCCGUCUCUGCCCCCAUGGUGGCAGGAAUCAUUGCUUUGGCGCUGGAGGCCAACCCUUUGCUAACCUGGCGGGACGUUCAGCACUUGCUUGUCAAAACAUCUAGACCUGUACAUCUCUUAGCCCCAGACUGGAAGACGAAUGGCGCUGGACGGAAAGUUAGCCACCUGUAUGGCUUUGGCCUGGUGGAUGCAGAAGCCCUCGUUGUGGAAGCCAAAAAGUGGCAGACUGUCCCCACUCAACACGUUUGUGUUGGAACAUCCAAUAAGCGACCUUGGUUCAUCCCUACCAACAAGACAGUGAGAACGACAACGGUCACCAGUGCCUGUGCUGACCACCGCGACCAUCACGUGGUCUACCUAGAGCAUGUUGUUGUGCGGAUUACCAUCGUGCACCCUCGGCGGGGAGACCUACAGAUCAGCCUGACAUCUCCUUCUGGAACAAAGUCUCAGCUCCUAGCGAGGAGGCAACACGACAGUUCCAUCGACGGCUUCAAGCACUGGGAAUUCAUGACCGUCCACUGCUGGGGAGAGAGGGCAGCCGGGGAGUGGACGCUUGAAAUCCAGGAUAAGCCAUAUCAUGUUCGAAACCCAGAAAUGCUAGGGAAGUUAAAAGAAUGGAGUCUUAUCCUCUAUGGAACAGCCGAGCACCCCUUCUCCAACGUCAGCACCCCUCAGUCCCCCUCAAGGAUGCUGGAGGUUCCGUCGUCAGACCUGGAGUCUUCCAAAACCACUUUUUUCCAGACUCAGAUGGAGGUGCCAGAGGAGGAGGAGGAAUACACAGGUCCGUGUCACACGGAAUGUGGCGACCAAGGAUGCGACGGUCCCAAUCCUGAUCAGUGCCUGAACUGUUUCCAUUAUAGUCUUGGGAGCAUUAAAACUGGCAGGAAGUGUGUGAAUACCUGUCCCCCCGGGUACUUCGGGGACAGCAUGCAACGGAAGUGCCGCAGAUGCCACAGAGGCUGUGAGUCGUGCCUCGGCCGGAGCUCGAACAUGUGCAUGGCUUGCAAGCGUGGCUUCUAUCAUCACCAAGAAACGAAUACAUGCGUGACAUUGUGCCCGGCUGGAUUUUACUCAGAUGAUGGUCAGAAACGUUGUCUGAAGUGCCACCAAAACUGUAAGAAAUGUAACGGGGAGAUGGACAGAUGCACUGUUUGCAAAGACGGAUUCAGCCUCGUAGACAGCAACUGCGUCACAGGAUGUCGGCCGGGCAUGAACUUGAUCAAGGAACCGAUACGAUGCGAGGGCUGCCACUCCAACUGCCGGACAUGUGCGGGGCCAAGCCGAGAGGAGUGUAUGCAGUGUGCCAGGAAUUUCCAUGCGUAUGAGUGGAGAUGUGUUCCAGAGUGUGGCGAGGGCUUUUAUGCUGAAGAGGUAUACGGUCUCCUGUACAGAGUUUGCAGAAGAUGUGAAGAUAAUUGCGCAGCUUGUGAAUUCUCUGGGAGAAGAUGCCUCAGGUGUAAAGAAGGCUUCAGCUUGCUGAAUGGCUCAUGCGUCGCCAGUGACAGAUGCCACAAUGCUGACGACACGUUCUGCGAGAUGGUGAAAUCCAACAAGCUGUGCGAACGCAAACCAUUUAUACAGUUUUGCUGUCGGACAUGUCUCUUGGCCGGCUGAACCGUGCCUUUCGUAUCUGCCGUCUGGAGGCCUUGUCGUGCCAGAUCCCUGGGACAAAGUUUUCCCUUCCCCCCACCCCCACCCCCAGCCUCGGGGAGCUUCACCCAACGCUGGCUUGAAGCUUCAAGCUUGCGACUCAGAUUGCUUUAAUAUCUCCUGUCAGUUGAUUCCUCCGGUGUCGCAUCUGGUAUCCCCGAAUCUAGAUAGCUUCAUUGCCUAUUUGUUGGGUCCUUUUUUACAUGCGAAUGCCAACAUGAGUCCUUCACAGAUGUGCCAUGCUCAUGGAGAACAACACACGGCCCAUAUGCGCAGCAUUGUUUGUGAAAGCGACCAUUCCAAAUUAUACCUCAACACAGCCACAUGGGAAAAUAUUAAGUUCUUUUUUUUUUUCAUCUUGGAGAAGAAAAGGGCAUCUCUGUUCUCCCUGCCCCCGCCAAUUAAAUACUGCAGCAUAGGAUUGUGGCAUUCUGUCCCCAGUGCAAUACAGGGACUGUUAACACAGCGCAUCUCUGCAAAAGAAACACAUUCCAGGUUGCCUUUCAGUAGCAAGAUGGCCAGGGGGAGUUUGGAGCUUGCCAACAGCCAAAGGGGCAAUGUAGAGCUGGCAGGAAUGGAGCUCCAAAUCUUCCAGCUCACUGCAAGCCAUCCUCAGCCACCAGGACCCUGAACGACCCAGCGUGCCUGCCAGGAUGCGCUUAGUGUGGACCUUGGAGGAUCAAAGCCUUACCCAUGAAAUGGCUCCUGAUGGCCUCAGCUCCCGACUGCGAGAAGAUUUCCCUCCCUGCAACAAGAGAUGGCUUUCUGCAAAGAUUUGCACCACGUUGCUUCCACACACCCCAUCCCCACCCCCUGCCAGCUUUGAUUGAUGUCUUCAUUGGGUCCAGCCAGUGGUAACUUGCUGACAGCCUCCCCUUCCUGUCCAGCGAUGACGACUCAGUGACAUCCGACGUGAAUCCCUUCCAAGAGAGGUUCCCUUCAGCCAACCAGGAGGCAAAGAAAACCACCAGUUCUACAGAAGAGUCGUGUACAACACAUCUGAAUGUAUUCACUAUAAUAUAUA